CGGCUGGCUUCCAGCGGUGACGUCUGACAGCUACUGCUGGCUCAGCUGUCCAGCCGCUGUGGUCGUCCGAACGCACCCAUUUUCUCUCGCUUAUGUUGGCAAAAAUGGAUGGAUGGUGUCAUAGUGUCAUUUGUCAUUACUCAUUGGCGUCCCUGGAAAAUUAUGUGGUGGAAAAUUAUUAUGCAUGCUUAUGUUGUUGAAAUGUGUUAAAUUUUAGUGUAAUUAAUUUUCAUAGAAUGUUGUAUUUAUAUAAAUGAAAACGAUGCUUUCAUGUUUUUAAAGGUUUAUGCCCUAGGAAUAGGGUAGUGGUACCACUGAUUGGAAAAGCUGAAUAAUCAUUUUUCAGGUCAUUCAGGUGUCCUUAAUAUUUCACUGUUUUCCGCGGUACUAUUCAAUUAAUAUUUCAAUUCUUUGUUCGAAAUUGGUUGGAAUAUUCUUUUGAUCGUUACCGUGUGGAGACUAAACAUCAAAUUUCUAUAAAUCAAUACCACUAUGAAUGGAAGUGUAGAAGCAAGCCAAGACUCCUCAAGUUGCCCAUUCUUUGGGAAAAACUUACAAAAUGGUAAUGCCGAGCUUAAUAAGUUUCAUAUUUUGGAUGAAACUGAAGGAAACGAUGACACUGAUAACUCAGCAGACUUCGACUCUGAUAUUCCUGAUGAUGAAAUUGAAAAAAUGUUGGAAGAGGCCUUGGAAAAACGGAAGAGAAAAGCAGCAGAUGCCGGGUUAGACGACGAAGAAAUUCCAUUCGAAGAAAAAAACAAGAUCCUCUUAAUUGAAAAAGGACAAAACCACUUCGACGUUCUUCCAGAAGGGUGGAUUCAAGUAACACACAAUAGUGGAAUGCCUAUUUAUUUACAAAAAGUUUCUAGGGUUUGUUCAUUAUCUAGGCCUUAUUUUCUAGGUCCAGGUUCAGCAAGAAAACACCAUAUACCUGUUAAUGCCAUACCAUGUUUAAAUUACAGAAAAGCCUUAGAAAAGGAAGAAUCGGAGUCCAAUGAACCAGAAACCAACAAUCAUUGCGAUCAGAGCUUUCCAAAUGCUAAGAUCGAAACUGUUCAGGAGAAUCUUCAAAUGCAGAAUCUCCCUCCUGAACAGGUUCGGGAGUAUUGUGAGAAGCUAUUUAAAUUCCAGACCAUGAAAGUAUUGAGAUUUAAAUCUUGGUCUGAAAGAAGAAAAUUUACGAAACGAUUAAAACAAAAAAAGCAAUUACAACGACUGACACUUCCAGAUGGUACCAAAUUAAUAACCUUUCCAAUUAGAAAAUCAGAUAGUUCGGAAAAUAACACGAAUUCUAAAAAGGAAUGGGUCAUGAACCCCAACGGAAAAUCGUAUGUGUGCAUUCUUCAUGAAUAUGUUCAACAUGUUUUGAAGAAGCAACCCACGUAUCAGUUUACGGAACUAGAAAAUGCAGCAACUCCUUAUGCUGCCACAGUUAUUAUCAAAGAUAUGCGGUACGGAGUUGGAUACGGGACCAGUAAAAAGCAAGCCAAAUCUGACGCAGCCAAGGCUACCCUAGAAAUCCUUAUUCCGGAAAUGAAAUCAAAGAUUGUUCCUGAUAAUCAAACAGGGGAUUCUACGAAAAAAGACAAAGAUCAAGAUCUGUCUUUCUUUGACGAAAUACGAGUAGAAGAUCCCAGAGUUUUUGAAUUUUGUGCCAAAACUACCGAGCCAGCUCCGUACGACAUACUUUUGACUUGUCUUCAGAGAAAUUUCGGCUUAGACGACCUUCAAAUUAGUUAUCAAGGAAAUACUUCAAAGUCCCAUGAAUUCACCAUGACUGUAGGUAAACAUACUGCGACUGUAUCUUGUAAAAAUAAAAGGGACGGCAAACAGAGGGCAUCUCAAGCAAUUCUUCAAGCACUACAUCCUAGCAUUACUUCAUGGGGUUCCCUUUUGCGACUAUACGGAAACCAUUCGAUCAAGAGCUUCAAGGAGAAGAAAUUAGAAGAGCAAGAGAUUACUUCUCUGCAAAGUAAAGCGGCUGUAAAUCAACCAAACUAUGCCAUUUUAUCGAAAUUGAAUAUAGAACUAGGUAAAUUAAGGGAAAAGCGUAAGGCCAUACAGCCGAUCGGUGUAUUAGAUACCGAUGGAACUGAAGUAGUAGCGCCAUUCUCUUCAACUUCUAAUUUGCAUAAUUUAGCUGUGUAAUCCUAGAUAUUGUAGUAGUCCAAUGUAGAGUUGGUAAAUAUUCGAAAAAAAUCAGUCACAAGACAAAUACCUAAUUUCAUAUACGUAUUAUACAUUCCAAACAUACAAGCAACAUUUCCUGUAUAUAACUACUAGUCAAGAAAAGAAAAUCAUCUAUUCCUAAGAUCUAAGAGAUCACUAAGGUACUAUUGCCUUCUAGAAUGCUAAAAAAUCAGUUUCAACAUUUUUUGUAUGUUAUUUAUAUGGCAAUUUUUUUAUAUUAUACAAAUUUUGAAAGUUACAAAAAAACUUUUUCAUUCUUCCUGUAUUUUUUCGUCCCAAGAUUACUGCUCCAUGGCGACAGUUAAUCUCUGGACCGGCAAAUCUGAAACAUAAAAUUCGGGUUUUAAUAAAGAAGUGCCCUUACGUGAUAUUUUACCAGAAACAAUAUGAAAAUUGGUCAAUGUAUAAUGUAUUAAUAAUAGAAACCACAUUUGAACCAAGUACUGCAAAUUCGUCUUCGGUCACAUUUUAAUCUUUAUUUUUUGCUGCAAUUUUAACAUUUUUUAAUUUACAGUUACUUUUAAUUUUUAAUUAAAAAAAAUCCACAGGGAAAGAAUUUUCCUGUAAGCUGACUGUAUAUCAUUAAUCACAAAAAAUGAGACAAGUCGUGCGUCUGUCCGGGACAUUUGUCGAUGUAUAAACAUUAAAUGACGUUUUAUAAACCUCAUUUUAUUUUUUUAUAUCCCGGAUAAUUUUAUUAUUUAUAUUUUAAACAAAUUUUAUAGGUAAGUUAUAAUAAAAUAAUAUUUUUAAAAUUAAAUAAAGGAAUUUUAUUAUUUAUUUAUUAGUUAGAUUUUAAACAAAUUAUGUUAUAUUAAUAUUUAUAUUUGACUUUGGCGGUUCUGUCAAAAUAAACAAGGUAUGCUUUAUUUAUAUAUUAUUUAUAUUCAUAUUUAUAUAUUAUUCAUAUAUAAUUUUAAUUCGAUAUUAAAUUUAAUUAUUAUAUAAAAUAAAUAAGAUGUUUAAAAAUUAAAGGGUAUAGUUUUAAAGGAAUUUAUUAACAACUAACGUUAAAAAGGUUGGUUGAUAUACAUUGCUCUUAUAUUUACCACUUCAUCAGUACCUACUUCAAAAAAUUUUUCGCAAAAUUGACAAAAAUACUUUAUUAAGAAAAAUAAGUUAAAGCAUUAUAUAACUUUAUAUUUACUUGGUUUACAUUUCAUGCAAGACUUCUAUUAUUUUAAAAAUGUAAUUUUUUACUAUGAUAUGAUUCUAAAAUUUUGAAAUUGGGUGGAGUGACUGUAGAUGGCAAUCAAUUGGAUCGCCUUCGCAUGGCGAUGGAUAAAAUUACUAGUUUCUAUAUUAUUUUAGAGAGUUAUUUUUGGAGGUGAAGGGAAUCUACAAAUAUAAAAAAAUUGAUUUUUUGAAAAUUCUAGACGCUAAUAGUACCUUAAAUUUAUGUUCUAAUUUCAAAUCGCCAUAUAUAUUUGUUUUUCGGAGAUCAUGUCCUAAAACUAUUUCUGAUGUCUAUCUAAAUAUUUUGUAGAGCUGUUUGUGUCUUUUUCUUUUAGCCUUAACUUUCAUUAAUUCCUGAAUUGUUAAAAUAUUAUUGUUAACUACCACUUAUACAAAAAAACUGAUAAUGGACUCGGAUUUAGCAUUAAAGAUUAAGUGGAGGAAGAUUGGAUGGUGUUAUAUAAAAAAGAGUCAACCCACACAAGUCUGAUUUUGAGAUAAAUAGCUUCAAAGUCAAUAAUCUGUGUAAAUGACAUAUUUUAUUAUAGCAUACCUACGAUAUAUCAUUAUGUCACUAAAAUUUCGAACUAUUUUUUACACACAAUUAAAGAAAGAAUACCCAAUUAUUUCUGUGUAAAAAAAUAAAAUGUUGAUAAAUCCUUUUUACUUUUUAGGUUAUACAAGAAAUUAAAUUUUUGUAAAACUCGGUAAUCUACGUACUAAUUAUAAAACAUGUUUUAUUAAUACAAAAUGUAGGACAAAAUAUUUGAUAAUAGAUUAUUAAAAAUUUUAGUAUUAUUUUAAAAAUAUUUAAAUAAAAUUUUAGAUCAUGUGGUGCUUUAAUAUUUCUUUGAGAUCUUAAAAUACUCUUUGGAUAGUGGUUUACGUGUCUUUUGAGUGACAAAAAUAAUAAAAUUAAACAUGAGUAUAUUAGGGGAAGUCUAAUGGUUGCUUUUUGUGAUACAUUCCAAUAGUUUGUUAAUUGAAACCAUUUCUCCUCUUUCUAUUUUGUUAACAACAAUUUUUUUUCUCCUGCAUUCUUUCAUAACAUUAAUGUAGUGUACAUCCGCGUAUAAGCGCUAUUGGAUCUUAAAAGACCGCUCAAUGCUUACGGGUAUUCUUUUUUCUCCUGCAUUCUUUCAUAACAUUAAUGUAGUGUACAUCCGCGUAUAAGCGCUAUUGGAUCUUAAAAGACCGCUCAAUGCUUACGGGUAUUCUUUUUUCUCCUGUAUUCUUUCAUAACAUUAAUGUAGUGUACAUCCGCGUAUAAGCGCUAAUGGAUCUUAAAAGAACGCUCAAUGAUUACGGAUAUUCUUUCUCCUAGAGUUUUUUGGACAUUUGGACUUUCUGCUAGAGGAACAUUUUUGGUAUGGCAUCGUUUCUUUGGAAUUUAUGUUACACACAUAUUAAUCAUUGCGCAUUUCUUGCGCAGCAAAAAGCUUUUUAUUGUCCAAAAUUGGGUGAAAAAUUUGUUCCUGUCCGGUACAUCAACAAUCUCAGUAUAUUUCUUUUUACAUGUAUGAACACGGAAAAUGUUAUAGAAAACUGUUUUGGUAUGACAGUCUGUCCUUUAGUAUUUAUAUAUUCUUCAUUAGUAUUGCAUUUAUUUUUUCUGUCAUCUCUCGAUUGAUGCCUGUUCUUUUUUUUUCGCCCACAUUUUUGUCUUACUUUUGUUUCCCCAGUGAUUUCAUUAGUCUCUUUGAAUAACGUUGAGAUUAUAGACGGAUAGGCAGCGCUGAAAAAUCUCUUUGAAUUUACUAAAGCUAAAUUUUUCACAGUUGAUUACUGUGAUUGUGUAGAGAAACAUACUGCGAUCGGUCAAGCGAAACGUAGAACAGGAGUUACUGAGAGGGUAUCAAAGUUGCUUUCCUACGAAGGUAAUUAAAUCCAUUUACUAAGUCUGAAAAUCUGUACACACAUUCUAAAUUACAUAUACACAAAAAUUAUAGUCGGUUAGCUGUAUGACGGGACAGAGCCGGUCGGUCGGUCCCAAUGAAUGUACAGGCUUAUUCACUAUAUUUUGACCCCCUUGUAAACUGCUUUAUUUACAGAAUUAGAAAAAAAUGUAAAAUACAAAAAUUAUUCGAUUUUUUAAUUAAGAUUUUUUCACAUAUCGUACUAGUGACGUCAUCUAUCUGGGCGUGAUGACGUAAUCGACUAUUUUUUCAAUGAGAAUAGGGGUCGUGUGCUAGCUCAUUUGAAAGGUUACUCAAUUCUCUAUACAGUACUAUAAAGAUUAAGAUCAUUAUUUAUACAGGGUGUCCAAAAAAAAAUUUUGAAUUAAUAAUUAAACAAUUAAUUUAAUAAUUUUUUUUGGGCACCCUGUAUAAUUAAUCAUGUUAAUGUUUAUAUUACUGAAUAGGGACUUGAAUAACCUUUCAAAUGAGCUAGCAGUCAACCCCUAUUCCCAUUUAAAAAAAAUAGUCGAUUACGUUAUCACGCCCAAAUGUAUGACGUCACUAGUACGAUAUAUAUGUCAGAAAAUCAUAAUUUAAAAAUCGAAUAACUUUUGUAUGUUACAUUUUUUUCUAAUUCUUUAAAUAAAGCAGUUUACAAGUGGGUCAAAAUAUAGUGAAUAACCCUGUACAUUUGCUGGGGCAUACCGACCGGCUCUGUCCCGUCAUACAGCUGACCGACUAUAAUAACUUUUAUUUAUAUUCAAUUUAGAAUGUGUGUACUGAUUUUCGGCCUUAGUAAAUGGAUUUAAUUACCUUCAUAGGAAAGCAACUUUGAUACCCUCUCAGUAACCCCUCUUCUGCGUUUCGCUUGACCGACCGCAGUAUGUUUCUCUACACAAUCACAGUAAUCAACUGUGAAAAAUCUAGCUUUAGUAAAUUCAAAGAGAUUUUUCAGCGCUGCCUCUUGGACUAUUACAAGCCAUUCUAUUUUCCCCUAUAUUUUUUCAUGAAACCAGCAUUGUACUAUAUGAAUAUCUUAUUGAAAUAAUUGUACGAGACGUGCUGUAAAAUAUAUCAUUUACUUGUGGACUAAAAAUAUUACAGAUAAUGUACAGAAGUGGGUAUAACAUUUUAGGACCAAUAAUUUUACUGUUACGUAAUUUUUUCAAUUUUUACCACCAAUAUUAUUGGACACCUAUUUAAAUUAUGUAUUUUAAAAUUAUUAUCUUUUUAACACACCUGUACAGUAAUUUCGUUAUAAAUGCUUGGAUGAUAAUAUGCAAGUUUUACCUUAUUCAACUUAACUCUAGAACCACAACAUGGGGUCGCCGGUGACCCAUUCUUAAAAUCGCUCAGAAUUUAACUUUUUCUUAAAAGUUAAGAAAGUUUCUUCUUUUUUUUUCAAAUUUGACUGUUUCAGUUCAGUUAUUUAUAAAUUUAUUAUACACUUUUUAUAGAUAUAGCAACCACAAAAAUUGUCUGACCACUAGUCUUCUAGGUAAAGAUGAGCAUAUUAUAAAACGCCAACAAGAUAAAGAAGUCCAAACAAAGCCAUAAGCUAUAUCUUAUUUAUUUGUUGUAAAUCAAUGCUGUUUCUAUUAUUUUAUUGCUUCAUGGCGAUUGAGAGAACACUAUAAUCAGUAAUAUUUAAACAUUUUUCAACUCAGUUGAGUUUAAACAUAAUUGAACUUUUGUAAUUUUUGUCCAGGUGUUUAUUUCGAUUGAAUAAUUAUAAUAGAAUAAUUUGGCAUGUUUAUUGUUAAUUGAUGUGCCAUUGAUGUACUCGUAUACAUAGAAAAUAAUUAUAUUUCUUUAUAUUAUACAGGUAUCUCUGUACCUACAUAUUUUACUACACAUAGUUUCAAAAGGUAUGUAUCGCCCAAAAUGUUUAUUAUAACCUAUUUUCAGAAACUACUGUUUAGACCAGGGCGUAUCUGUAAAAAUAUUAGUACAUUUGGAUGUUGAGGGGUGAUUCAUAUUUUUUUGCAGAAAUUGCUUGAAAAUGACUUAAAUAAUAAUAUAUUUGCGUUAUCCUCCCACUCAAAAAGGCCCGGAACAUUGUUUAAAUAAUCAAAAUGUCCAAAAAUGAAGGAAAAAUUCGAUUUUUUUCUUCGUUUUUUGAUUAUAACUUUAAAAGUAUGAAUUUCCGAGAAAAGUUUCACUGCCAUAAAAGUUGCGUAAUUAAAUUUCCUACAAUGUAGGAUUAAUUAAAAAUUUUAAAAAUUGUCACCCUUGUUGCAAAAUAGCAAUAAUUGCUAAAAAAAAACAAGUAUUUGCAUUUUAUGUUUUUCAACCAUUUAUGCUACACCUAGCUCCUUCAUAUUUCACCCAGAAAAACUUUAUGAUAUAGUAAAACAAUAAUAUAAAUUUCAUUAGGAUCGUUUUAAUAGAUUUUGCAAAAUAAAUUUUGCAAUCCAGCUUUCGCAAAAAAAUCAUUUUUUCAAAAUGUUGCAGGACUGAAAAUAAAGCAGACAGCAAGUUUAGAAGAAUACUGUAUCUUUCAUUUGCAAUUUGCAAAUUUAAAAUGGGUUAACUACCACGGCCUCAGGAAUUUUUUUAAAUAAACAUUAAUUUUUGGUGCUACGCGCAGGACAGCGGAUACGUUUGCUCUGAUUGGGCAUUCCAAUGACCUUUGAUAAUGAUUGAUUAAUUUUAAUUUUUAUUACAUUUCGAUAUAAAUAAAUAAAUUUAUUUAUUUCAAAAUAAAAACACAUACUCUGUCCUUUGAAAUAACACUUUUUUUAGCAAAAACUUUCUUUGUUCGUAUAUUUUAACUUAGAGAAUAAAAGUUUAUUAUUUUUAAGCAUAUGCAAUUGUUUAAACAAUAUUUCACAAACAAUAAUCAAAUUAGUUUGAUUUUUGUAAAAUUAAAAGAUUAAAUACAACAAAAUAUAGAGUAAGAAAAUAAUAUAUUAGAUGAAGAUUGGAAGAAAUUUUGGUGGAAAUCAACUUGUGUGAAUAUCAACCAUAAAUACAAAAUUUUCACCCACAGCUCCUCAUCAUAAUUUCACAUGAGGUUCUAAAAUCCGUAUGAUGCACAUUUGUCCUGUGAGUCCCGUCAAUGGACACCCUAAGUCUGACGUCACAAAUGUCACAAAAUUGGUAGGAGCUUAUAUUGACUCCAAACAAUUUUGUUUGUAACGGUAAAUUGUCAUAAGGAAUUUUUCAUUUAUGUGCUUUGUGUGACAAAAUAAGACUUCAUUUAGGGACAUCUUGGAUAUUAGUGCACCCUAAUAUGUCUGUGUAGAUUUUGGUAUUGGAUCCGACCGUCACUUGUAACACCGUUGCCGUAUCCUCUAUUUUUUCAUACUAUCACGUUACAAUUUUUUGUGAUAUUAUACACGAGCGGGACACCCUCAAAAAAGGGCUUAGUUUUCGAGAUACUGACCACGGAGGGGUGAAUGGCUAAUUUUAUUCAUACUUUAUAUUUUCGAGGGUGCUGAAAACGAAAAUGAGGAAAAAAUAAAAAAAAAAUGAAAUCACGUUUUUGCGUUUACCUCGCUACAACACUGUUACAUUUUAAUAUUUUUUUCUGAAAUUUUUACAGUAUAUAGCUCAUUUCUGAAGACAAAGGUACCUGCUUCAAGUUUCUAUUCUUAUCAUGAUAAAAGUUAUGAUUUUUUCAAAGAAAAAGGUGCGGAUUUGUGCAUUACAAAGUUUAAUCGCAAAAGUUGUGUGACGAAGUUUAAAAUUUAGCUUCUUAAUCACGUUUAUUUGAAAGUAGAGAGUACAAAGAAGUUUUGUGGUAAUUUUUAGAUCAAAAUGUUUUAUAGAAAAAAAAAUAGUGCAAUUUUUAAUGUCGAGAUUAGAAACCCCCAAUAUAACGUUUAUUUUUUGAGGGACAGCCAAUCUAGGUCUAAUUUCUCACCUAUAGUAUUAUCCUUCGAUUAUAAGCUUUCAUUUGACACCUCAUUUGUCAUUCUACCUAGUAUAAUGACGGAGAAGUAAACGUUCUUAUUCUAUCAUUCUUGUAGAUACAUUUAACAUUGAUUGAAAUUAUGAAAGAAAUGGCAUGGCAACACUGUGACGCACAAACAUAAAAUUCAGCUGUGCGUUACAUAGGGUGCACUAAUAUCCAAGAUGUCCUCAUUUAGGUAUUUCGUUAAAGAAAGAUUUUUAUUCGUUUUUGCUCAGGUGGUUUUUAUUCCUUAGUGGUUGAAAAUAAACAUAACCUCAAAACUGUUUACGUUCUUAUCAUUGCAUUAAAUUAACUCACCUGGGCAAAAACGAAUAAAAAUCUCUUAACUGACACGUUUCUUUAACUAAAUACCUAAAUGAAGUCUUAUUUUGUCACACAAACCACGUAAACAACAAAAUGAACAAUUCCUUAUGAGUGUUUUACCUUAUAAACAAAAUUGUUUGGAGUCAAAUAUAAGCUCCUCCCAAUUUUGUGACGUCAAGACUUAGGAUGUCCAUAACCACCGAUUCUGUGCGUCCACCUGGCAUAAUAUCUGCCCAAAACAUAACACUACCAUCAGCGAAAGGAAAUAUGACACGUGCAUGUGCUAGUUGUGCCCUUCUUGUUGGCUCUCGCCAAACACGAAUUCGCUGGCCAUCACUAUUUAAACAGAUUCUGAUCUCGUUUGAAAAAAGCACAAAAUUUCAAAACUGUUGAAUGAGCUUUAUGUGUUCUUGAGCCUACUGGAGACAGUGCAAAACAUGACUAAAUUGUAGCUGAAGAACUCUUAUCGGUCGACGACUGCUCAAACCUGACAAAUUCCUGACGAUACUCUGGCUCCUGUAGCAUCCCUGAAGUCACUUUAAAGCGUACAAACACAGAAGAAUGUCUCCGAAUGGAAAGUCUGAUAUAUCCAUUUUGUGGGUCGGGUUGGCAAUUGGUAACUCGGAGCCUACCAGAGGAAGCUUUAUUCUGUAUCGAAUUUGUCUCCAGAAACCUAUUCCAUAUCCGUGAUACAUCACUUUAGGAAACACCCACUCUUUCUAUCACGAAGCGCUUUGUCCAACUCAAUAAUUAACUUACAAUUCAUUAUAAAUCACGUUUUCACAAAUUUUACCAGAAUAAAUUUUUCAAAUGUUUACACCUUGGCAAAACCAGAUCAAUUAAAUGCGUAUUUAAAUAAAAUUAAAACCAAAAAAAGUGUAUUUUAUAUAAAAAAAAAGAGUUAUUAAAUAUGUAAUAAGGAUACGGAUUUAUAAAAGUGUAAAAAUGGUGAAUACGAGGGGUGAUGCAAAACUUUUGAAAUAUGUUUAUAUAAAAUUGUGGUGGACACUAAAAAAUGCCCGAUUUCACCAACGAUACCUAAACAGUUGCUUUAUUAAGUAAUUCUUAUCAAUAGGAACUUCCAUUGUCAUGCAAUCAAUUGAAAAUCGCUUCUUUUAUUAUUAAUUUCUAAUGACACACUUUUAGUGAUAUCAUGAAUGGGUUUUUGAAACACAACACUAGUUUGGUAGGUAGUAAGUAGACUACAUAAUUUUGUCAAUACACCUGUAAAAAACUUCCAAAGGAUUUUCUAUAUUUUCCAACACAUAUUAUAUUAAUAAUAUUACAGAAUAACAGAAAAAUUAAGGUAAGAAGCAAAUUAUUGAUAAACGUCACAAGUACAUUAGUCAAAAUUGUAAAAAUAUAACCUGACUGUCAACGGUAAGUAAUACCUAAAGUUUAGGGAGAUCAAAAACCGUAUCCUAUCGUAAGGUAAUGCUUAAGCGGUUUAGGCAAUUCUUAUCGUAUGGUGAAAUCCGUUUUAGAGUUAGGAAAUACCUAAACCCACUUAGGUAAUUCUUAAAUAUUUAGGUAUCGUUGAUGAAAUCGGGCAUAAUAGUCGCAAUAAUAAGGUAAUACAUUGAGUGUAUUAAUUCACAAGUUUGUGCAUUUCAAGAUUGUUUGCUUCAAUUUAUACUGCUGAUCCAUUUUUAGAUUUAAUGAACAAUUACAAGAUUCAAAAUCACUAUUAUUAAAAAUUGAGAUUUUACAAAAAAGCGUUCUGUGGCGUAAUUUCAAUUCUGCUAGCGCGCACAGUUUAUUCACGUCUAUUCGUAUUCUGGUUUAACUGUAAGUGUAUAUUACAAUAAUUUCAUUAUUGCGUCUAUGAACCAAUAACAGGCAAGUACAGAAAUAUCUACAGACUGCACUUUAUACAAGAAUAUUUACCGAGGUUGAAUUAUUUGUCUGUUUGGUGGUUAAAAAGAUUUUUUAGUUAAUUUUUAAAAAAUUUGUUUUAUUGUUUAAAAUUUCGAAAUAAUUAUGAACAAUUAUGAUUUUCCGGCAUCAAAUGCCCGGCAUGUGCGGAAUCUGCUCUAGUGUGUUAUUAAAGUUUCUUUUUUGACGAUAUAACUUGUAACUUAGUAAUAAGCAACGCCUUUAUUAUUGCCUGAAUUAUUAUUGACUCAUGGCAGCUGUUUUAAGUUCUUCUGUUUUUAAGUAAAUAAAAUCUAGAUUGCAA